GGAGGAAUGAAAUUUGAUAGGCAACGAGCCAAUGAUUUAUGCGUAGUCUAAUGUUUUUCAUGACUGAGGUAAUAUUUUUUAUAAUGCGGUAAUGGCAGCUGAAAUUUUUCUGGACAUGUGGGUCCCAUGGCCUUGUGGAUUUUGCCACUUUUUUCAGGGCAAAAAACCAACAACGAUCUCUUUGUUUAAUGGAGUCGUUGGGUAGGUAUUAUUUUAGCGGGAAAACAUUUCCUCCAUACCGAGAUGCGCAUGCGCUGCGCUACUGUUGCGCCACAGUUUUUUCAUUAUGAUUAUUUCCUUAACUGAAACAACGGUUGAAAUUUUGUUCUCAUUUUUGUAUAGAAGAAACAAAGAACUUACGGUUCAGGGGAAUAGAAUAUCGAAAUAAGUUACUUGAUUGAAUGAGAAAAAUUAAUUUAUUAAAAUCUUGCAAAAGUCGAAUCUAACGAGAAAAUCAACAUUCAAAGAUACUUACUAAACAGAUGACUUUGUCUGUUUAUUUAUAGUUUAUGUUGUUUACUUUCUAGAAAAUAAUGGACUCAAGUCUAGACAAUUUGUUGGCUGGAUCGACAAAUAUCAUUGUCCUAAAAAAUUAAAAAUUUGGGAAAUGGAAGAACAAUCACAAUCGAGUAAUCAACUGCAGAAAAUAUUGAUAUUCUCCAUUACUCGGGACUAUCCCUCAACCUUACCAUACUAGUCGUCGGUAAAGCAGACACUUCAUGUCUUACCUCCUGCCGAUUCUACCGCGCUCUAGCUUAUCGAUACCCAUGACUACACAUUUACAAAUAAAACAUUUUCAGAAGUAUCAUGUCUAUAUCCGGAUUAUAACACUCCAAAUCCUCAAUAAACCGUAACAAAGUGACAAUUCCAUAACUCUCCUGAAUAUUUGCUCUCAAAAAUCGUCCCCAAACGAUUGGAACUGGUUUCAUCCGGGAAUUGAUCGUUGAGUGUGUCGCUAAGUGUCUGUGUCUCGCGUGUGAGGUUAUGUUUACAAAGUUUCAUGCCGUGCCGGAAUGUGUGUAGAAUGAGUUAAUAAAAAACUCUCCGAUUUUACUGCUAAAUCAAAAAUGGAAACAGUGGCCCACCUGUGGAACUUGACAAACGCUCUUGUCAAGAUCGAGUCUCCAGGUGUGAAUAAGCUCAGGAACCACUACAUAGUGCUGAGAGAUCCUCGCGGCAGCAUCAGACGAGCAUAAUAACGGAUACAGACAGCUUGACGUCUGGAUACACUCGCCCUUGGACUGUCACACUGUCGCGAUAGAAGUGUGUUUAUGUAUCCACGAUACCGGGUACAUGCACGAAGGUCACAGGACUACGCGACUACAAUGCUGAGGAGGGAAUUCUCCCGGCACGCAGUACGCGUGGAGGUGAAUAAAGAGUUGUGCAAUGAUGGGUCUGCAGGCCACGGCAGGUAAACGUAAACUGGAGGGAGGUGUGGGCUGCAUGGAAUUCGAUAUGGACAUGGGUGAGAGCCCAUCAAAACUCGGCAGAGUAGAGGGCAGCUGGUGGGCAAUGGAGGAGAGUUACACACCACAACUGAAUCAAUCGUCAUCAUCGUACUACGACAUGGAAGUUAAUUCCCAAUGUCUACAAACAAAUCCAUGCCAAGGAACGACAAGUUCACCGCCUGCAGCAACCCAGUUGCAUCAUCCAUCCCAACAUUAUUAUCAUCAGCGUAGCAGUAGCAAUGGUUACAAUCAGUUAUCGAGACCCCAGCCACAGUGGGGUACACCACAUCAUUACGAACCACCGACGAUACGAAGGGAGGAGAAUGGAAAGAGUUAUUUGGAAUUGGGCUCGAGUUACCGUGCUAAUGAGAGAUGCUGCGAGGGCUCAAGAUCAAGCUGGUGUAGACGUGGUAGAGCGUGUUAUAGACAACGUAGACUAGCCGUCCUUAAUAUAUCAAUGUGUAAACUCGCUAGGUAUCGUCAAUUUCCCGAUCCAAGUUUGCAUAGAUCUGUACUCAUAUGCAAUACCCUGAGGCAUCUUGAAAGAGAGAUGGAGAGAGAUAGAAGUCCACCACCAAUGGAGCCUGUUAUACAAGCACCAAUGGCACAAUUACAACCACCUGAACAGGGUAGACUUACACCAUUUCCAAUGCCACCAAUAUCAUCCAAUGAAACUGAUGUUGAUUCGGGUAUUGGUGACAGUGACGACAGCCGUUCAAUAAAUUGGGGUAGUGUAUUAUCAUUGUCAAGUCAAUCACCCCUUGAUCCACUCAACAACAACGAGCUACUUGAUGUUGAUAUUGGCCCUGAAUUAGACUUAGACUUUAUGCCUGGAUGGAAAUUAACACCACUUUCGGCUGAUGAUAUCCUGAGAAGUACAAAUGUAUCGGUAACUGCGUCUACCGCAACGCAGGAUCAUCAUGUCACCUCUUCAAUUAGCACAAAUACAACAACAACAAAUGGUUGUAAUACGAGUAGUAACCACGAAUCGUUGAUGUGCGUUGGUUCAUAGCCACCGAUACUGGCAUCGUUGAGCCAUCUCAUCGAUUUUUAUCCACUUACGCACCAGGGUAAAUAAAUUUUUUAAAUGGAAUAUUUAUUCGUGGCUGUUGCUAUCGAUGGUGCUCCAUUAAUCAUGUUUUUUUUUUUACCCGCGACGAUGAUAUUACGAAAUACUGAACAACGAUGCACAGCGCCACGAUCGGUAAUACGGGAUGACCCCGGUGUUACGGUGAUACUUGUUGGCUGCAUCGAUGCUGAGGAUGCAAUGUUUUAUUUAUUUCACGUGAAAUGGGAGUUACUGUACGGCUCGUGUCAAUUACAUGCCACUCCAAUACCAUUUACCUCGGUUUCAAGAUUAUUUUUUUACUUGUCGUUCUUUGAUAUCAUGAGUUUUAUCACCAAGUAAGCCACCAAAAUUCUUUAUUCAGUGCACUGUUCGAUAUUAUUCUUGAAAUUUAGAGGUGUUCCUUUUCAAUCAAUUCAAUUCAAUAUUGUGAAUGACAAUUAAGGAUAUCCAAGGAUUUUUGCUAUUUUUUUCUCAGUUCUGAAUACACACAACAUUUUUUUUCGAUACAUUAUUUAGGGAUAGCUUAGUUUACCUCCUAAAAAUUAUUUGUGCGGAUUUGUAAUGAUGUUAUUCAUUUAUUUAUCAUCAGAGAAUGAGGGGGAAUGGUAAUUCUAGGGGAAAAAUGCUUGAAUAUCCUUAAAGUGAGUCGCAGCUCAAAUUUCGGAAGAAUUCAAACAGUGAGACAAUGAAAAAUUUACCAUUAACAAAAACAAACACAAAGUCCAUCAUCAUAUGAUUUGAUUGUCAUGAAAUAACAAUGAAAAAUAAAAUGAAAUCCGUGCCGUACCUGUGUGAUAAUCAGGUAGGCAAUGUUAAGUAACUUCUCGGAUUUUCAACGAUUUAUUUUCUCCCCCCGGGCUGGGGAUGCACGGUUCUGAGCAAUUUCAAAUGACCAGGGAUAAUUGUCGAGGUGUUAAACAUUUUAGUGUCAAUUUUAUUCGUAACGUAUUUGCCUCGACUAUUCCUAUAAUUUUUUUCCAUAACCGCUCACAAUCGAUUAGUAGACAUCGCCUGCCUAGCUGGACAACGUUGACAAUCCAAGAAAUCAGACUGAACGUCACACGAUGAUUGAAUUUAUUUAAUAAUGUGAGAAUUAUCUGUUUUUGUUUUUAAAUCGGUGAUCAAUCGUGAUGACGUUCCUUGAACGGUAUGUAACCGUCGUGGCCUACGCUCACACCUGAUUCUGCACAGACAUAUAUUUUCAUUUUUGAUUUUCUCUUUUUCCAUUGUCAAAUGGUGCUUUUUUUACGAAUACGCAAUCUAUCUCAGCCAAUAUGCAACAGAAUCGCCGAUUAAUUAACGAUUUAAUUUGUGACUUGUGAUGAAACUAAUUGGAAAAUUUUCAUUUUAAGGGGAUAUGCAAUGAGUUUUUACACUUCACCACUGUUCGAGUUUUUUUAAAUCUACGUUAAAGAUCGAUUUUUUUUAUUGAUGAUCAAUAACGAAUAAAUUUAAAAAUGCAGUAAUCAGUAAAUACUUCUAUGUUUUUUUUUCAGUUAAAAAAAUUUGUAAUAAAUAACUCACUUGAUAAAUUAAACAACAAUUGAUUACCCACAAAUCACAAGUGGAAAAAAUAAUUCGCAAUCAGACCAAAAAUGAAAAUGUCACAUUUCAUGAAAAAUUGAAUGAUUAACUAAAUUUUUUUUAAAAUCAUUCUAUAAUCGAUCAUUAACCCACCAGACGCACUGCUCAAACAGCUCGUGAAUUUCAAAACUCACGGUAUUUUUCCUGAAGAAAAAAAAUCAUGAUAAAACUGCAUGCGAGCGUAGACGCGUACCGCCAAUUCAAUCGCGUUUAUGAUGAAUAAAAGAAAUACCGUCAAAAAGUACCUGGAUUUAUUAAAUUAUUUAGAGGUGAAUUGUGAAAGAGAAUUAUAGGGUCUAUUAUCGCCGAGGGGGCACGUCACAGCGUCACUGAUCUCCAAAGUAGUUUACAAAAAAAAAAAAAUUGUAAAGAAAAUGCGUGUGACGAGCCACUGAUGUGCGAGAUGACCCGUUAUUUCUGUGAACUGUGGACAAUGCAAUUGAUAGUGCAGGAGAAUCGUAUGUCCAACCAGCGCAGCUAUACUUAAUGAUAUUAAAUGAAAACAAGGAGUAAUAGAACAAAUUGAGUUGGUGAGAUAGCGGACAGGACUCGACUGAUUAAUACAAAACAGUAAUUCAUUGAAAUUAUGCAAUUGCUAUUAUGGUUUUCUUUAUUAAAGCAAUAUUAACUUAAAUUGAUUGAUUUUUUUUAUUGAAUUACUUUCUUCCAAUCUGUUGGACAAUGGGAGGAUUGAAUUGCCGAAAUCAGAUUGCCAACAAAUACUCAAAAUUUAAUAUUUUUUUCGGCGGGACGCGUCUCGUGGAGGCCUUUGAGGAAGGUUGGGCGGGGAGGGGGAAUGCUGGGAGUGAUUUCCUCAAAUUAAAAAGUAACUUUCGUUGACCCAGCAGUACUGGCGCGCAAAUCGAAUACAGGAUGAAUAGCGGAAAAUUUGCCAGGGAAAGAUGUCAGUCAGGAAAGUCGAGGAGUGUUUUAUGAAGAGCGAAAUAAUUUCUAAAAACAUGGAUUCAAAAUUUUCGGUAAAAUUUUGAACAGUGACUUUUUCAUUAGUUAUUAUAUUCUUCAAAAUAAUUAAUUUUACAAGUAAAUAAAUACGAAAUUCAUCGUUGCUAAUUUUGUUUAGAUUUCGAUACGUUUACCGUAAGUUGCAGCAAAAUUCACCUGACUUGACUUCCGAAUCCCCCGAAUUGAAUUUUCCCCUGGCCAGAACACCGUCAGUUUCAUCAUGAUUAAAAUCGAAUAAUUGUACUCGCUGAAAGGGCUAUGGAAGUGAGAGAAAAAUAAAUUUAAUGCGGAAGCGUGACUGAACGGAUAAUGCAAUUGCUCGAGAGAUUAGUGGGCUGUGCACGGCAUAAAUGUUUCUUAUACGUUUCACAAUAAAGAAUUAUUGAUUACUCGGUGACUACAAAGGUGAAGAGACGAUGAAAAACAAGAAAGAACAAUUGUAAAUAGUAUAAAUAGUGAUGCAAAAGGUUAAUUUUAAGUGACGAGAUAAAAAAAAAUAGGUAUAAAAAUUUAAAAAAUAUACAUAAGAUAUUAUAUAUUAUAUAUAUACAUAUAUAUGAGAACAAGAAGUAUAUAUAUAAGAUUACUAUAUAUUUACCUUGGUAAGUGAACGGGGCGGUUUGAGAGAUCUCACUUAAUUCACGAAUUCAUCAAUCUUGAGCCUAAAAAAUCAAUUUUCCGGUUCCCUUUCUUUCUUUUUUAUAUUUUAUCUACCCUCUCUCAUCUCAUUCGGCCUAUGACGAUCGACUUAAUCGAGAAUCGUGCUAACGACAUUAUUCCCUGCAGUGACAAUUCAUCUUCCAAUGUUAUUACUUGUUGAAAUUGCAAAUGGAGAUUUUUUUAAUUAUUAAUUGAAAAAUUUCUUCACGCUGGUCGUGUGGAUUCUCGGCGCUAGUCGAUCAAUCGGUUCGAUUUUGGCGAUUUGAAUUAUUAGUGCGAUUCAAUUACAAUCAUGCAUUCAUAGACAGUCCCAUUAAAUUUUGUUUUCAUUGGAAAAAUCCCUUACAAAAUGAAAUUUACGAUUUUUUUUGUCAAUCAUGUCUUGCCAUUUUUUAAAAAUCGUGGAUCGUGGGAGAUCGAGCAACGCCUCGGGAAACUUAGGGCAGGAAAGACAACACUGUACAUUGUAAAUAGUAGCGCAGAGGAUGAAGGUUUACAGAAAGACAGAGUUAAAGUUGCAUCGAAUAAGAACAUACGCUGUGAACUCGAAAUAACGGGACAAAGCGAGCAACUCCAGAAGAAUAAAAAAAAAAUGGAAAAUGAAAAAAAAAUUGUUAAAUCAGUGGACGAAAUUCGAAUUGAAUAAUGAAAUUAUUUAUGAGAAUAUAUAGUAAUUACGAGUUUUAUCGUUUCGCUUUGUCCAUUGUGUGCUUCGAGUUUUCGCGUACUUCUUUAAUAGAUAAACAAUAGGCAAAACAAAACAAUGUUUCAUGACUCACAGUAUAUUUCUAAAAAACGAGCCGAUCACUGGCAAUUACCCUGCACUCUCCAUAACACCGCAUCGAAAAACAAAAAUUUAACUAAUGAAUUUGGAUAAGUUAAGUGCAGAUCUGUUGCCUCACGUUACGAAUUUCAGACGAAUCUGAUAAAUCAGGUGAAUAAAAAAUUGACAAAAAUAAUACAGAUAUAAAGAAAUGAUAAAUCUAGUCUCAAGCGGUUCCAAGUCCCAUAAUAUGCGAACGUAUGAUCGGCCGUUGUUUUAGCAGCAAAAAUUGUAUCACAUACUGUGUUACCAAAAUAUCGGCAGUGGAAAAAACAAAAAGAAAAACUGGAAAAACAAACAAUGAAAAAGGAGAAACAACACAAUAUGGACAGCAACAAAAACCAUAAAAAACAAUAAAGAGUAUAUUAUUCUAUA